GUCGAACACAAACACACAGGGCAGAAAAGAAUGUAUUCACCCCAGAACAUUUCCUGGUGUAGAACAUGGGCUCUUCAUGGCCAGGGGAAUCAGCAAGUUUCACUGUUUGAGAUUGGUUGGACUGGGAGUGGGUGUCAAUAUAUGCGCCCUGAUCCCAUCCAGGCACGGAGCAACGGUAUCAUAAAAGGGCAUUAUGAAGGAUAUCCUCAAGUAGGUGACGGAUAUCGGCGCAGAGAUUCUCUGAUACGCAUAUACACCUGGGGGUAAAAUUGCGCGGGGUGAGAGAUAAGCAAUCACCACACUACACUGCUGCGUCUCCUGACCCUGACUGUAUGCAUACAGAUAGAAGAACAAGCCGGGUAAAAAUGCGCAAUGGUUCUCGCCUCUAGGUCCAAACGUGCUGAGCUCUAUGCUAGGGAUUCCCAUUGAAGUGACUUGCUUAUGAGAUUUGGGAAUAGAAAAGGACGGGUGUAGUUACCGCUUUCUCUAAAAAUAAGACGUAACACCCUCUGAAAAGCUUGCUAGACGGAUAUUCACGUCCCGCCGCUGUCGGGAAUUUCCCACCCGCGAUGAUUUUGGGAUGUGAUAUCUGCCCCAGAACCACCUCGUGUCAAAUGUUGUCUCUGGACCUUCAGACGCCAGGUUGAUAACUGCUGUCUAGAGGAGGCAAGAUAUUGUUACUACCAACCUUCCCUUUUUUUUUUUUUUUCUUUGGUUGUCAGGAUAGUUAUAUAUAGGAUGAGUCUGUCGCCAAAGUCGAGAGGCUUGGCUCGCCCUGAUUGGACACGCUGUUGUCAUGUACCAAAUACUUCCUCGAGACGGUGACAAUGGCGUUGGCCCAGGUACUGCUACAUCACGCCCCCCCCCCGGCACAGACCGCAAGCAAGCCUCAUCAACCUCCCUCCCAGCAGCGUCAUCCCGGCCGGAAACUUCUCAAGGAAAUGAAUAAAAUACGAUAUCUCCUCCCUGCGAGAUCGAUCCAUCCAACCUCCAGCUGCACUAAACCCCCCUCCGCUAAAUAAGUUCGAAUGUCCAUCUGACCUGUCCACAGAACCCGGAAUCUCUCCCCGUUUUCUUCGCAACCCCCAACCACCAACACCACCUUGGCUAGCCUCCAUCUAUAGCCAACCCCUCAUCAACCACACCCCGUAUCUCUCUGAAUAUCAAAACCGUUGCUCCACCGCUUCUCCACCGCUUCUCCUGCACGCAGUCAGUCCUGACUUGUGACCUGCAGACCUGCAAUAAGCGGGCUGCAACUUGUCGCAUCUCCCUCGCGCGUCUCUCCGUAUCCUCUCGAAUGCGGCUCCUCCUUCGCCUCCCUUCAUAAAAAAGGGUUGUCCGACCGGUUGGCUGGCGGCCCUCUUAGUCUAUACUCUAGCUUGCUCUUUCAGCGUUUGAUACUGUCAAAGCUCCGUGGGGGAGGGGAUAGUCUUUGAUAGAAAUAUCACUGUGUGUUUGUGGUUGUUACCGCUGCUGCUGUUGUUGUUCGAAUGAUGGACGUCCAUCUCGUGCCUGGCGGCGGGCGGCGGAACUAUACAGGCUUCGUGACCAAGACCAUCGUAUAUGCUGCGACGCUGCUUGUGUUUUUGACCACAUUCGCCCUGACGCUGGCGUCAAUAGUCCUGCCGCGAUGGAUCAGCUCUCAGAGAGGAACGUCUGCCGGCGUCUCCUACGGCCUCCACUAUCGCUGUUUCUCCACUACCACCCCCAACACGACAACGACGACCACGACCUGCGUGCGCUUCCCGCAAUUCGAUGACUGCACCGGCGACGACCGCCAGUUCUGCUCCAUGUGGCGCUCCGUCGGGUUCCUCAUGUCCUUCGCCGUCGUGCUCGAGGGCAUGACAUUGAUUACCUAUAUUAUCAUCUUGGCCGGCGGCAAGCAGAUGCGCGAGUCUGGAUGGCGGAUUCUUUCCAUGUUAUUGCUUUUGGUUGCCCUGGUGCAGUGCGCCAGUAUGGGGUUGGUGUCUUACCUCAACGACAACGACGAUCACUUCUACCUUGGCUUCCGCCUCGACGACUCCUUCAUCAUGUGUACCGUCAGCUGGUGUCUGGCCCUCCUCGCUGCUGCGACCAUCAUCUUCGCCGCUCGCGUCUUGCCCUCCGAGGGCGGCUACGAAUUGAUCGCUGAGCAACCUGAUAGCUGAGCUGGCUGCUCAUAGCCCUCUUCUUUUUUUUUUUUACUUUAAUACAAAUUACGUGAAAUUAUCCACAAUCAUGCUCUCGAUAUUGCUUUUCACCGCGGCGCUCUGGUUUGAAAGAAAUACCCAUAUAUCUGUAGGGCCAGAAGAAGCGGUGGCAGGGGAGGAAGAUCUAGCACUUCUCCUCUCCUCACUUAACUCCGUUUAAUUUCAUAUAUUUAUUGAGACCAAUAAACCGCGCGCUUUGCUUCCUUUUUGCUUGUCUGAUUGAUUUGCCUGAUUUGACCUGUUUGGUUUGGUUUGGUGGUUCUGAAUUGGUCUAUCUCUUUUCUCUAUUCUGCCUCUUAGGAGUCUAGUCCCCAGUUCCGUAAUAUCUUUUGUUUUUAUGCUUUUCUCCGGGCCUGCUCACCUGAGCUGAGCCGUGGUGGUUGUCAUCGUAGUACGUCCAUAAUUAUUAAACCCAACCCAACCCCACCCCCCCCAAUUCUCCUUUUUUUUUUUUUUUUUUUUUUUCGAAUUGGGUGUUCGGAUGUCCCACCCCGGCAUGAAAAGGGUUUCAAAUUCACCGUGUUCAGCGCCUUGUUCCGUUCCAGAUGAUCAUUCUAUGCCAUUCUUCCUAACGUGCACGCAGUUCGCGGCCAAUAAAAUACCCCGAUUUCCUCGAUUCUCUAUUGCUCAGUAAUCUUACGCUCCGUGGUGUGCGUGUGUGGUUGAUAAUGAACAGGAAGCCCAAUGAAGAUAUAUAUUCAUGUGCGGGGAAUAUGGAAUGUAGUAUAAUCUCUAUUUUAUGAUUUGUUUCUGUAUAUGAUUGAUCGUGUUAUACACCUCCCUCGGUCUUGGUUCGGGAGACUAGAAAAGUGAAGACCGAAUAACGUAAAAUGAAGACGGACGGUGGAAAGGGGGUAUCUCAAAAUUAUAGAAAACUCGACGACAAACCAUCCCAUCUCGUUUCCAUCCCGUUCCAUUACAUAUAAUCUCAAAUAAAUGGAUAAAUCAGCCAGCCAG